ACAAACCUUAUAGUUCAUUCCCUCUACACCCUUUUCCAACUUCCGUUACAUAUUUCAUAUGCCGAAAAUUCUGUAACCCCCCCUCAAAAACCAAAGCCCCUUUUGUUUUUUCUUACAACAAACACAUGAUUACUUGAUUCUUUAACGGGGGGUUUUGGUGUGGGGUGGGAUCAAUGGAGAACGUUUCCAAACCAAAGAAGGAAAAUCAGCAGUUUGAAUUGCCACUCGGUUUUAGAUUUCAUCCAACAGAUGAAGAACUCAUAAAUCACUACCUCACCAAGAAGGUUGUUGACAACUGUUUCUGUGCUUUGGCCAUUGGUGAGGUUGAUUUGAACAAGUGUGAGCCAUGGGAUUUGCCUGGGUUGGCUAAAAUGGGUGAAACUGAGUGGUAUUAUUUCUGUGUGAGGGACAGAAAAUACCCAACUGGUUUAAGGACUAAUAGGGCCACUGAUGCUGGUUAUUGGAAGGCCACAGGAAAAGAUAAGGAGAUAAUAAUGCAAAAUGCACUCAUUGGGAUGAAGAAAACCUUGGUUUUCUACAAGGGAAGAGCUCCCAAAGGUGAAAAGACAAACUGGAUUAUCCAUGAAUAUAGGUUGGAAGGGAAACAUAAUCAACUCAAACCAGGAAAGAGUGAAUGGGUUAUUUGUAGAGUCUUCGAGAAGAGUCAUCGUGGAAAAAAAAUGCAUGUUCCAAAGUGUGGGAGAUUCAAGUUGAACUCCUUUGGAGUGGAACCAUCAUCACAUGCUUCUCAAUUGCCUCCUUUGAUGGAUUCUUCUCCAUACAACAGUGAAACAAGAGCCACUGCUGGUGAAUUGUCUCAGUUGACCUGCUUCUCUGAUCAGAACACUCAUGAUGACAUUGUGGAAAGCAUGGAAACUCCUAUGUUGGACUUUUCACCCUCUUCAAGACCUGAUGGUGAUGUUUCCGCUUCAGCCAAAGCAACCCUUUCAGUCUCAAAUCAAUCAACACAGAUUGCACACCAAAUUGGAAACUCUCAGUGCCUAGAUUAUUGUUAUGUGCCUCAAGAGCAGUCCAUGUUGAGAAUGCUGAUGGAAAACCGUGGAUCAAGUGCAAUGCAAUUUCAGAAAACUGAGUUUUCUGAGGGAAGAGACUUCGAUGCUGAUACAUCUUUUGUGAUAUACAACAACAAUGACAUGAUACACAAUAUGUUUGGUAAUCAAGAUCAUUCAUCAGCUUCUAUUGGACCUGUGGACACCAAUUGCCUAUGGAAUUACUGAAGGUUACAGAAUAUUAUUUAGUGUAAGAAAGAAAAUGUCAAUUAUAUAUUUAUUAAUACAUGCAAGUCGAUUACCUGCAACUGAAUGAACUUAAUAUAGGAAGAAUGGGAAAUGCAUGAAAUUCAAUUUCUCCCUUUUGGUUGGUAAUUUUGAGAAAAUUAGUGUUGAAUAGUCCACAUUUAAUGUGACCUGAAUUUUUAAUUGUCAUUCCAAUCCAAUUACAUGUAGUUACCAACUUUAGACUUAUUUGUGCAACUUUUGGGUGUAGUAUUAAUAUA